GAUUACAUGACCAAAGAAAUAAUUGAAGGUGAGGCAUGUACAAUACAACCACCACCGAUUGGAAAGGAAAGGAAAGGUUGGUUGGUUGGUAUCAAAAAGUCAAAACCAUCGACACUUGGAUCCUCCUCUCCUACCAAACAAACACCCUUUCUCCAUACUUUCUUUGCGCUCUCUCUCUCACACAGACACAGACAAGCGAAGAAAGAAGAAAGAAGAAGAAGAGAUCAACAGCAUCCGAACACUGUUUGAUUCGAUUCUUCACAAUAUUUCAUCUGAGUGAGCUUCUGCUAAAUUAACCUGGGCGGUGGGAUAUUCAUACAUUCUAUGACAUUGUUCGGUACCUAUUGAUCGCGGUUUAUUCAAUAGCUAUUUUAACACAAAAAAACCUUGGCACGUUUUUUUUAUUAAGAGGCCAUGAUGGCAGAGUUCAGUCCGAGGACUGAUACUUCCACUGAUGGGGACACUGAUGACAAGGCUAUGGGGUACAAUAAUGGUCAAUCCCAUGGGCUUGUGGUUUCUGAUGCUAGUGACAAGUCGAGGGACCAAAAGACACUUCGUAGGCUUGCUCAAAAUCGUGAAGCUGCAAGAAAAAGUCGUUUACGGAAGAAGGCCUAUGUCCAACAGCUCGAAAGUAGCAGAAUGAAGUUGAGCCAACUCGAGCAAGAGCUUCAGCGCGCUAGGCAGCAGGGCAUCUUUAUUUCAAGUUCAGGGGAACAGUCUCAAUCAACAAGUGGAAAUGGAGCUUCAUCUUUUCAUGUGGAAUAUGCACGGUGGUUGGAAGAGCAAAACCGUAGAAUUACUGAGCUAAGAGAAGCUGUUAGCUCACAUGCUGCUGAUGGUGAACUUCGCAUUAUUGUUGAUGGUGUGGUGGCACAUUAUGAAGAUAUUUUUCGAAUAAAAGGUGAUGCUGCAAAGGCUGAUGUCUUCCACAUUCUAUCCGGCAUGUGGAAAACGCCUGCAGAACGAUGCUUUCUUUGGUUAGGUGGAUUUCGUUCAUCAGAACUCCUCAAGCUACUUAUAACCCAAUUGGAGCCUUUGACAGAGCAGCAGUUAUUAGCCAUAAAUAACUUGCAGCAAACAUCUCAGCAGGCAGAGGACGCCUUAUCUCAGGGUAUGGAUGCAUUACAGCAGUCAUUAGCCGAGACAUUAGCAGGCUCCAUUGGUCCUUCAGGCAACGUAGCUAAUUACAUGGGCCAAAUGGCUAUGGCUAUGGGUAAACUAGGAACCCUUGAGGGUUUCAUUAGACAGGCAGACAAUUUGAGGCAGCAAACCUUGCAGCAAAUGCAUAGGAUAUUGACGACACGUCAAUCAGCUAGAGCACUUAUAGCCAUUAAUGACUAUUUCUCACGCCUCCGCGCUCUUAGCUCAUUAUGGCUCGCACGUCCUCGUGAAUAAUAUUCUCGUCCUCUUAGCAAGGCAGGCAAUCACGCUAACACAGAUUAACGGGUUGGUUCAAGGUUAAUGUAUUCAAAAGGUAAUCCUAAGUCUGAUUGCAAUCCCUAAGUAUGUAAUGAUGUUAUCCCAGUUUUUUAGUCUCGAAAGUUGCACUUUUCUUUUCAUCUUGUAGCUAGCCAAUUUCAACUCGUUAUAUACUAAUGUGUCGUUUUAGGGCAUGUUUUUGGGGUUAAUUGUAACAAAAUACAUAUAAUUCCGCUUUUUUUUAAGUUCCAGGUGUGUAAUCUACUUUCAUUAUACCAUUUAAUAUAAGCAUACAUGUAUUA